GAGUUCCAAAUCGGCACGGACCAGCUCACAGGUUUUCCGUCGAUUCCGUGGAGCGGGAUAGCCGCCUUUCGGUCCAGUUCGAUGAAAAAAGUGCAAUUUUAGCCCCUAGAGAGCAUGACUUCCGCUGCCACGGCACGACCCCCACCAACCUGGGUGCGGGAGAGUAACCUUCACUGGUAUCACCGCUGGAUCAUACGGGUGCUACGGGCGGGCCCUAUUCCGGCACACGUCGCCUUCAUCAUGGACGGUAACCGGCGGUAUGCGAAGAAAGCCAACAUUGCCAAAGCGGAGGGCCACUCGGCCGGGUUCGAAAAGCUGUCGGAAACUCUGCAGUGGUGCCAGGAGGUCGGCAUUACGGAGGUCACCGUCUACGCGUUUAGCAUAGAGAAUUUCAAACGCACGCAGGACGAGGUCGACGCGUUGAUGGACCUCGCACGGGUCAAGUUCCAACGCUUGCUGGAUGAGCGCGAUAAGCUGCAUGAGCGAGGAAUCUGCAUCCGGAUCAUCGGCAACUGGGAUCUGCUUGCGCCAGACAUUCAGCAAAGUAUCGCUGAAGCCGUACUACUGACUCGACAUAACCGCAAGGCAACGCUGAAUGUGGCGUUCGCUUACACGUCCCGCGACGAGAUCACACAUUCCAUACGGACCGUGGCGCAGGGCGUUGGCGACGGCAAGCUUGAACCGGAAGACGUCAGCGAGGAGCUGCUGACGCGCUGCCUCUACACAAAGUAUUCCGCCGAGCCGGACCUGCUGGUGCGGACAUCGGGCGAGGUGCGGCUGAGCGACUUUCUGCUCUGGCAAUCGGCCUCGACCGUAAUGUACUUCACCGACACCCUCUGGCCGGAGUUUACCAUUUGGCAUCUGUUCGGGGCCGUGUUCUACUACCAACGGUUUCGCUGGCGGAUGCUGCCCGUGCGGCAAGCGCUCGAUCGCUUCAGCAGCGGCUCACCGCAUUUUGACGAACCGGAGGCGGACGAUUCCGGCUGCUGUCCGCACCGGAAGGAACGGAUAGGACGCUUUCUGGAGUAUAUCGAGCAGCAGGAGGUAAACCAGCUGGUGCGGCUGGCACGGGGGACGGGUAUCAAAUAAUGAACAAUCGAUAUUAGGAAGCGUACACAAAGACACCUUGAUCACCGGUUGGCCGGUGUGCGAGAACACGUUUAUUCACUGCCUUCCAGUGUUUCAGGGAGGGUACGAUUGUGAAAUAAUAUUGAAACGGAUGGCAACGAGGCCAAAAACAAGGUAAGUCAGAUUAGUGUCCUUUGUUUUUUGAAUCUAUACUACACGUAAUAGAAAAUGUUAAAUAAAUGGAAAAGUUAGUUUAGU